GGUCCAGAAUAUAAUAGCGGUAUUACGAAGGAACUGGGGCAGUCUUGCUUUGACUCGCGCCUUAGACGUUCCUACCUGAUUUAUUUUCAUUUUCGUUUUUUAAUCACUUUCAAUUAUUUUCAAUUUUUUUUUUUUUUUUAAUUAUCCAUCUGUAUAGUGAAAACUUGUGACACUGAGUUUGUGAUAUUUUUUUCCCAAAAAAAUAAUAAGUGAUUUUCAUAAUACAUUCACUCCCAUUGGGAGAUUUCAUUGAGAAAGAUGCGGUGGCAAUUUCUUUGCAUACACAUUUUACUGGUUACACUGCUUUUAUUAACAGUAAAAAAAACAGAAGCUUGCUCAUGUGCACCAGGUCAUAUUCAAUCUAAAUUUUGCACUUCUGAUUUUGUUGCUGUGAUUAAAGUCAAGGAGGUAGUACAGGGGAAUAAUUCAGAUCCAACACUUUACAGGGUUAAAAUAAAGAGAGUGUUUAAAAAUUCAAAAGAUACGAAUCUCGUAUUAGAAGAUGAAAUUUAUACACCAUCAUCAAGUGCGGCGUGUGGUGUUUAUCUUGAAUUAAACAAGAAUUAUGUCGUAGGUGGUAGUUUAGAACGUGGAAAACCAUUUAUAAAUCUUUGUGGUAUGGUAAUACUAUGGGAAAAUACGACAAAACGUCAACGAAAGGGUCUUAGACAACUCUAUAAACUCGGUUGUCAAUGCGAAAUUGCCUACACGUCAUUUAAUCGAAAAGGUUCAGUAUUGGAGAAAGCAAAUGGAAAAAAAUGCCUAUGGGAAAGUGAACCGGGACCAUUAAUGUGUCAGGAAUUAUAUGGAGUUUGUUUAAAGGGUCAAGAUGGAUGUUCAUGGUUUCCAUCGACAUCUUAUAAAACAUGCAUUAAAGAGCAUAAACGUAAUCGAGAACAGCGCAGAUCAUAGGAAGUUGGCAUGUGUGUAUGUGUAUGAUUCACACGAGUUGGAAAUCCUCGUUUUUGCAAUUUAUACAAUCGUUUCAGUCAUUUCAUUUUCAUAUAUAUAUAUAUAUAUAUAUAGCAAUUACACGCGCGCGUACUCUUUUGAAUUCCCUCUUUUUAAUGUAAAAUUCAUUUUCAUUUCACUCUUAAUUAUUCGUCAACUUUUUCUAAAUAUAAAAAAAAUGGAAUUAUUUUAUGUGCAGUAAAAAAAAAGAUUGGAAAUAUUUUUUUUUUUGCAUUUAAUUUACAUCUCUUUUUUGUAUUUAUAAUUUUCUCCGAUGGUUCUUUGCAUCUUUCUUAUUAGUCGCGAUUUCAUGGAAAUAGAAUCAUUGCGCGAGUCUAUAAGAAAAACGGAAUAUAUGAAGAUGCGAAGACGAUUAUCGUGAUGAUUUUAUUUGGUAUUUUUAUCGAGAAUUUUAUAACUUUACCACGAAUAAUAAUAAUAAAAAUUAUUAUUAUUAUGUACUGGCUAAAUUAUUCUACGAUAAGAAACAUUGUAUUUUACAAUUUAAUAAUGAAAAAAAUUUCAAUUUUAGCUUCUUUCUUAUUUUGAAGAAAAAAAAUAUAUAUUUUUUCGAUUUUUCAAUUUUUUUAUUAUAAAAUUAUUAUUUAAUUAGUCAGGUAUUUUUAAACAUAAAAUAGUUUCAUUUUUUUGAUUUAUAUCUCUUAUUUUAAUAACUUUACUUUCUUUAUGUUUUCUUUUCUCAUUUUUCCUUAUUAAAGAAAAAUUUAUGACUCUAUUAUGUGAAAAGUUUUUUUUUUUUUUUUUGAAAUUUAUAUGGAGAAAUCGAUUUACAAUACUUUUCGCAAUUGAAGUUUGAAGGGGGAUUCAUAAUUCAAAGUUGAUUCUUGUAAUUCGUGGGUAGAUUAUGCGUUGCCCACUUAUAUAUAUAUAUAUAUAUGGUCUCCAAUUUCAUGGGGAAAUCUGAUUUCGUGGGAAGACGUUCGUUUAUUAUAAGAUUGAGCUUCGAACCUUGUAUAGUACAAAAAUAAAAAUUGUGCUUUCGUCAAUUUUUAUACCAGUAAAUAUGUCACCAAAAAAAAAAAACGAUUCUUUUACCAAUUUAUCUUUCGCGAAAAUAUUUUUUUAUAUAGUAAUAAUUAAAAAAUACAAAUUUUCCUAAAAAAUUUAAUUAUUAUAAAAUAAAUAAAAAAAAAAGUUAAGGCUCAAUUUUUCGAAAAUGAUAAAUUUACUGGUGUAAAAAAAAAGAAAUAUGGCAAUCGAACGUCGAUGUUCAGUAUUUAAUGAAACUUGUUAGUUUUAACAUUGUGUAAA